AUGGCCAUUUUUACCGCACCAACGUCAUUUCGCUCCGCCCUCGAACGUCGCUAUCUCUCCACCGAUGGCAUUCCUCAAACCGUCACCGGCGCCGGUGCGCACACAAGCCAUCCCAGCUUCCCUCAUCUGCUUGUUUUAGUUUUCGAAGCUGUUCUGGAAGUAGUCUGCGUCAGUUUGCCCGGAUACAUUGCAGCCAGAUCGGGCAUGUUCGAUGCCGAUGCGCAGAAGUUGGUUGCGAAUCUGAAUGUGGCUCUUUUUACGCCAUGUCUGGUUUUUACGAAACUCGCAUCUCAGCUUACGGCUGAGAAAUUCACCGACCUUGCGAUUAUACCUGCCAUCUUCGUCGUCAUGACCGCCGUGUCAUACUUUUGUUCAUACCUCAUUGCACGACUUUUCCGAUUCAAAAAGCGUCAAGCCAAUUUCGUGACUGCCAUGGCAGUCUUUGGCAACUCGAAUUCCCUACCGAUUUCCCUCGUCAUUUCUCUCUCUCAAACUUUGCAAGGCCUUCACUGGGACCAAGUUCCCAACGAUAACGACGAUGAAGUCGCUGCGCGCGGAAUUCUCUAUCUCCUCAUCUUCCAACAACUCGGUCAACUAGUCCGCUGGAGCUGGGGCUAUCAUGUCUUGCUGGCACCCAAGGAGCGAUAUAUUGAGGAAGGCGAUGUCCACACUAUUCGUGAUGGACAGGAACGUUAUUUGGAUAAUCCGCAACAAACGGACCCCGACGAGCCUUUACUUCGUACUGGAACGGGUGACAACGAACAUGAUAUUGUUCACACUACUCCGAACUCGGUUACUUUCGAGUCUGGCGCUCAGACUCCAAUCACCGAUCGCAACCUUUCCUUUACCAAACUGCCUAGCCACGGCUCUGAUCAAUCUCCCCGGCAUCGUGACAUAGUUGACAUUGAUUUGGACGCCGAUUCAGAUGAGGACCGCUCACUGCCCGUCAUCGGCCCACCUCCCAAUGGCCCAUUUUUACCGCGACAGAGCUCCACCGGUCAUAUCUUGACAUUCCCGGAUGUUGAGGUGCGUCGCCCUUCGACGACUGUAACCACCGGGUUUCAAGGAUUCCUCUUUCGAUGGAAACGAUUUAUCACCAAGUCAUCUGCUCGUGUAGGCAAAUAUGUGGACGCGAAGCGCGAUCAAGUAUUUGAACGUCUUCCGCCUUCGGUCCAGAAGUUCUUGACCGUGGCUACAUCUUGGAUAAGCCGUUUCCUACAUGGUGUCUGGGAAUUUAUGAAUCCUCCUCUGUGGGCUAUGCUUGUCGCGAUUAUUGUAGCAUCGAUUCCUGGUUUGCAACGCUUGUUCUUCGAUGAAGGAACGUUCGUGCGCAAUUCCAUUACACGCGCAAUUGAUCAGAAUGGACAGGUUGCCGUCCCUUUGAUUCUAGUUGUGCUCGGCGCCAACUUGGCUAGGAACACUUUACCGAAGGAGCAUAUUGAGGAUGAAGCAGAGGGGUCCAAAGAGGAACGUAAUCUCAUCAUCGCAUCUCUUGUUGCCAGAAUGCUUCUACCAACGUUGAUCAUGGCGCCUCUCCUUGCUUUGCUAGCCAGGUAUGCUCCUGUCAGCAUACUAGACGACCCAAUCUUUAUCAUUGUCUGCUUCCUGCUCACUGGAGCACCGUCUGCUCUUCAGCUGGCACAGAUCUGUCAAAUCAAUAACGUGUAUAUGGGAGCAAUGUCUAAACUGUUGUUCCAGAGCUACGUUGUUUGGAUUCUUCCGUCGACCUUGAUACUCGUCAUGACUGCUCUCGAGGUUGUUGAAUGGGCAACAUCUUCCAAGUGA